AUGGACGAACUGGAAAAACUCUCAAAUGAUCUUGCUUCUACGUCCAUGAAUGAUUCAGCUCCACAGAUUGCUGGAUUAUCAUAUCGAUCGAUGCCGAAGAUUGAAUUGCCUAAAUUUUCUGGAAGUUACACGGAGUGGGAAAAUUUCAAAGAUUUGUUUAUAUCUUUGGUUCAUUCAAAUCCUGGAGUCUUGUCAGUGGAGAAGCUUCAUCAUUUAAAAUCCAAUCUUAUAGGUGAAGCGGCUCAACUUCUUCAUCGAAUUCCGAUCACUCGAGGCAAUUAUCAGUGUUGCUGGGACCUACUUUCGGAGCGCUUUGAGAAUAAAAGAGUUCUUAUCAACUCUCAUUUGGCUGAGCUUUUUUCAAUCCAGCCAAUGAAAGCUGAGUCUUCGAGUGCUCUGAAGGAGGUAUGUAAUACAACGAUUGAUAACGUCGAAGCUUUAUCUGGCUUGGAAGAACUGGUGGACAAAUGGUCAUCAUGGCUGGUAUAUAUUACUGUAGAGAAAUUAGAUCGUCAGUCUCGUCGUGAUUGGGAAACUUCUCUUAGAAAUUCCACGAAUGCUCCAACGUUUGAUCAAUUGAAAACCUUCUUGCAAACCAGGAUUCGGACGUUGGAAGUUUUAGAUUCUACUGCAAAUCAAACUAAUCAGUCUUCGUCUCAAAAAUCUUCCAAAUCUCAGUUUCAGAAAAAAAGGUUUGUAAAGUUCACGAAAUCCUCGAGUUCUACAACAGCCAACGUCAACGCAAUUUCAGAGCAGCCAAUGAAGGAACAAGCAGCUAAAGAGCAGCAAACGUAG